AUGACAAAGAUCAUCCAUUCAACAUGGAUAGACGAAAGGAUACCUGAUUCGUGGAGACACGCUAUCAUAAUUCCCCUCCACAAGAAGUUAUCCGUCGCGGACCCUAAGAAUUAUCGAGGGAUCUCUUUGCUGCGUGUUAUGUACAAGGCAUUGGAACAGAGUAUCCUGGACCGACUAAUUAAACAUCGCGAAGAAAGAACGUGCGACGAGCAAGCUGGCUUUCGUCCUGGCCGAUCUACGAUUGACCAGGUUCUCAUCGUCAGAAGAGUGAUCGAAAUCUGGCAGCGGUAUUCGAAGCCAAUGCAACUAGCGUUUCUGGACUUUGAAGCCGUGUUCGACUCUCCUCACCGAGGCCAUCUUCUCAACGCACUCCGCGCCGAUUGA